CAAAAAUAUGCCUUCUUACUAAAAUGCAACAACAAAAAAUAAGCUAAACGUUGCUUAAAUAUUAGGUUUAUCAUCUGUAAAAAUGUAACGAAUGCAGACAGUCUGUAAACUAUAUGUUUGUCAGCUGCCAAUGUAAUUGUCGGUUUUUGAUGCAAAGAUACAUUUUCCUGUGGGCUAUCAACGUAAGUCGAUAACAGUUGUUCGCUUUUUCACCAACCCACAGUUUCACCUAUAAAUUCUAAAACGAACGCGAGGAUCAGUUAAAACAUCAGAAGCACUAUUUAAUGCAAAGUACUUUAUACAAACAAAAUAUUUGAAAAUUAAAACAAUGAGAAUGUAUGUAAAUAUUAUGUGGAUAUUAUAUCUGCUACUACUUGUGAAAAUAUGUGAGACAAGAAAAUCUCGCAAUAAACAGCGAGUAAAAGUGCAAAGAUCAAAGGACAUAGACACACAAUUAAACUCCAUGUCUUUACAGGAGUUGAUUAAGAAAAUAUGUUUGCCGCCUCAGUUUAACAGACUUGUUUAUAGGUAUCAAAAUAAUUCAUAUAUUUUCAUUGGAUUUGACGACGUAGAAAAAGAAACAGUGUACUCAAUGACAUGGAAAAUAAACAAAUUCAAUCAAGAGGCGCUAGUCGGAAUUAAUAGAAACAGAUUUACUGUUCAUCCUGCAGCAGAGAUCCGGAAAGAAGUUAAAUAUAACCAUUUAUUGGCAGCAGCCAACAAAAACAUUCAAGACAAGUUUCAAGAGAAUAUAUCCAUGUGUGGUCAGUCAAAGAUAACAUCAAAGGCUUGUAUAAUCCAGUCAUUCUCUGUGCUUGCCAGAAAGAUGAAGGAAGUAACAUUCGGAGAGAAAUGCCAAACCUGAUCACAAAGCCGUUGUAAAAACUGACAUUUAUUGCAAAAGAGGUUAUGACCCUAGCUAGCAAACGUGGCAUUAAUCUGUGAAAUAUAUAAAACAAAACCUGCAGAUGCCACUGUAUAUUUCAAAAUACAAGGAACUGAAACAAUAACUACAGCCAAUUAUGUUCAUUUACAUUUUGCUUGCAUGAUGAUGCUGAUUCUAAUUUGAAUUAAAUUUCACUGAUGUUCAAAUGCUUAAAACAAAAUUUGAAAAUCUUACAUAGAUCUUAAAUAGAAUAAAUGGGCCUUUAUAGAAGAAUAUGUGUAUAAAAAACGAAAAAUACUCGGAAUUUGAUAAUAAUCGAUAUUUAGGGCAAUUUUUAGCCCGUUUUGUAUUAAACCGUUUGCAAGA